AAGUCUGAAAAAAGUGGAACAAUUAGUAAAAUAAGCAGAGAAUUAAAAGAAAUUGUAUUUAUCAUCCAGAGUCAAAGUAAUUCUUUUCAUUCCAAGAGAGCGGAGGAUCUAAAAAGAGAUAUUUUAAAACAGGCUGCAGAUCUCAGAAAGGAAUUACCUACGGUUCUGCUUAUUCAUCAGAUGGACGGGCAUGAAGGUGCAUGGACAAUAUUACCAUUAAUGAGAGAUUUCUCUGUUACCUAUGGUAGAAACUCCUCCUGGAUUUUCUUCUGUGAAGAAGACACAAGAAUACAAGUUGUAAAGCUGCUAGAAACACUUGGAAGAUUUGACGGGUCUAAGGAGUGGUUUUUAGGUAAAGCAUUAUAUGAUGAAGAAUCUACAAUAAUUCACCAUUAUGCCUUUGCUGAAAAUCCUACAGUCUUUAAAUUUCCAGAUUUUGCUGCUGGUUGGGCACUUAGCAUUCCACUUGUUAACAAGCUUGCAAAGAAGUUGAAAAGUGAACCACUCAAGUCUGACUUUACAAUAGAUUUAAAGCAUGAGAUUGCCCUGUAUAUUUGGCAGAAAGGGGAAGGACCGCAUCUUACUCCAGUGCCUGAGUUCUGCACAGAUGAUGUGAACUCAUAUAAUGUUGAUCGUUGUGCAACAACGUUCAGUAAUUUUCUGCCACUUUGUGGAGAGCCAGUGAAAAAGGAAGAUGUCUUUGUUGCUGUAAAAACAUGUCAGAAAUUUCAUGGAGACAGAA